AUGUAUAUAAAAUAUACCUUCUACAAGGAUCCAGAACAUCUUCUCCAUCUUUUCAAAUCUUUAGAAGAAGAAAACCUCUCCCUUAUCCAGCAGUGCCAAGAGGCAGAAACAUUACUUGAAACAGAACGUAAAGAAUCUGUGAGAAUAAGAGAUGAAUUGAACCAACAGGCGGAGAACCUACAGGGGGAAAUAAAGGAACUUCAAGUCAGGGUUCGAAAGGAGAAAAAAGACACAUCUUUGAUAGAUGGAAAAAUAGAUAAUUCCGUAAGUGGAGAAUCCCGACGUGGAGGAGAGGAUCGAAUGCUUGAUGAUCUAGAGAAACAAGUUCUUAAUAUUUAUGAAUCUUGUGUUGGGAAGAAUGAGGCGAAGAUUUCAACUAUUGAUAUGCUUCAUCAUAUUGAACUAAGGAUGGAAGAUCUGACCAGGGAACAGGAGACACUUAACUUCGAGAAGGUUGAGAUAGCCCGUCUAAGUUGUGAGAAUGAGAGAAGGUACCGUGAGAAGGAAGCAAGGAUGGAAGCGCAGAGAAGGAUGGAGGAGAGCAGGAAUAAAGCUGCUCUGGAUAGGGCUCUAGCUCCCCCUUAUAGACCUAAGGGAAGACGACCUAUGUUCAGGUCCAAGAUGCCUGGAUUAAAAAAUUCGGAGAAACAGAAGUAGAGGAUCAAAGGGUUUUAUUCGUUUUGUAAAAAACUCUUUUUUAUUUUAAUAAAUGAUUUUUUUA